AUGAAACGCAACAGCCAAACGAAUUCAAAACCAUCCCCGGUUAUGCAGACCACUCGAAAAGAUCCAAUAUUUACGGAGGAGGAUCGUGAAGCCGAAGCCAAGCGUUUGGCAGCAUGCAUUUGCGAACGUAAGAACACCACAGUCCAAUGUUCGCGAUGUGGUCAUUUGUGUUUCGGCAGAAAAUUCCGUUCCUGCCCGUCGCAUCCUAAGGUCGCGUUUCUUUACGAUAUCCGAACCUGUUCAACGUGUAAGGGACCAACGAAGGACCUGGAGGAACUUCCAAUCGACUAUGAAACUUUUCGAAAGCUGGGGCGAGCAGUUCCGACGCGUUUCUCUGUUUAA